CCUGGAGGCGACAUGGGAAUGUUGACUUUUUAUGUCCUUUGGUCCCUGCGUGACGCCCCCCGCCAGUUCAUCAGAAAAUCCAACCGAAGUUGCUUUCAAGUCCACAUCCCGCUGCCUCUCCCCGAACACCUGGUCAUCUUUGGUCUUGGAGAAUGGAAACGCAGCGAGACGACGAUCUCGGUGGACGUCCUGGUCAGUGCAGAGGUACCGGCCCAGAAAAUCGGGACUCUUUCAGCUCAAGCGAGGUGUUUGACCUGGGAGGGUGACUGGAGCGAUGACAUGAUCACAGUGGCAGCCGAGAGAGGCAGGAGAGGAGUGUAUGGCAAGAUCAUUCUCACAGUGUGUGGAGAGACUUGUGACCAGCCACAAGAUAAAGCCGCUCCUCUGGCUCAAAGGACAUGUCCGUUCCCAGAACAGCAGGAUGCCACCGAUCUCUCCUGCACGUUACGCCAAAGCGCUGGAAAUGAAACGGUGAGAUGAAUAAUCCCGUUCGGCCGUUAUCUACGUUCGUCGCGACAUUUUCUCUUUUUUUCCCCCCCGCCUUGCAGAUGACCCCCAACUCCUCCCACUUGGGCGAUAGUGUCUGCGAUGCUGACGUUCAAGCGAAUAGACUUGACGCCGGCGACUGUUCGACUGGAGUGAAGCCGCCGGUCUGGCCUACGGUGAGAGUCAACGCCGAAGACUUAUUGUCUGCGUGUACGACACGCGACUUAUUCUGCGAUUGUAAUCUGCAACGGAAAAAGGAUAAGACGCCCAGACGGACUGUAAUUAGCAAGAGAGGCCGCCUGACCUGGAGCUCUGAGGACGUGGACGGUGACCAGGCUUCCACCCCCAAGAAAAUGAGGCUGUCCAGAACGAACAGCCGAGAGGAAAUGACUGUGCGGAUGCAGACUGAGAACAGAGUUUCAGUGUCUCCAUCAAAGCGCUGGAGCCAUACGAUGUGUCUGAGUGACCCCGACACCGCCAUCCUCAUCGGAGGGGAGACUACAGAUCAGAAUUACUGCGAGGACUCCCUGUGGAAGCUCAAGUUGGACAACGACUUCUGGUUCCCCAUGAACUCCUCCGUCUCUGGCCCUGGGCCGCCGUGCGCCCGAGGACACUCCGCGACCUUCGACCCCGACUCUAAGUCUGUGUUUGUGUACGGUGGCCUGAGGGAGGGCCAGCGCUACAGCGAGCUGUACGUCCUCGACACCCUGAGCUGGAAGUGGAAGCUCAUCACGGCGAAGGGGAAUGUUCCACAUUUGGCAUAUCAUUCUGCAGCCUUUUACAAGAAAGAGCUUUUUGUCUUCGGUGGAGUUCGGCCGGGCCACUCCUCGGUGGAUACGUCCUGCAGCAAUGCUCUGUACAUCUUUAACCCCGAGUUUGAACUCUGGUACCAGCCGAUUGUGGAGGGGGACAAACCUCUGCCUCGCUUUGGCCACUCGGCCACACUGAUGUCACAGAGGUUGAUCAUAUUUGGUGGACGUAAGACGGCUACUUACCUGAACGAUGUCCAUGUUCUGGAUCUGGGAUUCAUGGAGUACACAGCUGUGAAGUGUGGGAACAUGCCCCCCCUGCCUCGAGGGUUUCAUGCAGCUCUACCAGUUUCAGACAACAGGAUUCUAGUCAGCGGCGGUUGCAGUGCUAUUGGAGCUCUGCAAGAUGUACACAUUUUCAACACUGACACACACCUGUGGAGCCCAGUGGUGUGUCCUGUGCUCUGCUCACAGCCUCGUGCAGGACACAGCCUGGUGAACCUGGGCUGCUCCAUCCUGAUGGAUGCAGAGACGCAUGAACGGGGUGAAAAUGUCCUCUGCACGCUGCUGGUGUUCGGUGGAUCGGACUGCUCCGGUACCUUCUACAACGACAUGGUCAAAUGCACAGUAGAGAUUCUUGGGGGCAAGCGAUGAGAAGCGGAGUCAUCCAGGAUGAUUGUUUUUAGCUUUAUUUAAAAAAAAGGGAGGAUUCUGUGAUCUGCCCUGACAGAAAAAUAUCUUUAAAUGUCUUGAUGGUGUUUUUUUUUAACGUUUUUAAUUUGUGCAUGAUGUGUUCUGCAGCUCAGACAUGCAUGGCUGCUUCUUUUUAUUCCCCUCCAUAAAUCGUGUUAAUCAGCUGUACUUCCUUCUCACCUUCAGAGGUUUUAGGAGACACGCCUCUGAUCUGCAUGUUUACACAUUAUACCACGUCCUCUUCCUUGUCCUCCACGCGUCAGUAUUUGAGUGUAAAGCAAAUGAUUAUCAAAUAAAUAUUUCUAACGGUU